UUUUUUUUUCUUUUCUUUUUUCUUUGAGAUAUCUAUAUAAUUUUCUCGAGUUUUUUUUGGUCAUGGAAGGUCAUCAUCCUCAUCCUCACCCCCUUAUUCAGCUCCACCAGCAGCAACUAAUUCAACAUCCUCCGCCGCCGCAUCUCCACCAAAGCCUCACCGUCUCAGCCGAUCAAACCACCGGCUCCGCCGCCGACAGAUUCCCUCAAUGGAGUAUUCAAGAAACAAAGGAGUUUUUGAUGAUCAGAGCCGAGCUGGAUCAAACCUUCAUGGAAACCAAACGAAACAAGCUCUUGUGGGAAAUUACUGCCUCCAAAAUGAAGGAAAAGGGUUUUAAUCGCAGCGCUGAACAGUGUAAAUGUAAAUGGAAAAACCUCGUUACUCGUUACAAGGGUUGUGAAACAAUGGAGCCAGAAAUUUCAAGGCAGCAAUUCCCGUUCUUCACAGAAUUACAAGCAAUAUUUGGAGCAAGAAUGCAAAGGAUAUUAUGGGCGGAGGCGGAAAGCGGCGGUAGCGGGUCGAAGAAGAAGACUACGAUGGCAUUAUCGUCCGAUGACGAUGAAGAAAACGACGAUAGUGAUGGCGAUGGAGGCGAGACGAAAGUCAGUGGUAGGAAGAGGAAAAGGAUUAAAGGAACGAGCAGUACGACGACGAUAGGCGGCGAGGGCAGCGGAAAGAGUAGUAUCAAUGAUUUGAAAGAAAUAUUGGAAGAUUUCAUGAAUCAACAAAUGCAAAUGGAAGUGCAAUGGAGGGAAGCAUUUGAGGCAAGAGAAAAAGAGAGACAAAUGAAGGAAAUGGAAUGGAGAAGAAACAUGGAAGCUUUAGAACAUGAAAGGAUAAUGUUGGAAAGAAGAUGGAGAGAAAGAGAAGAACAAAGGAGAAUGAGAGAAGAAGUUAGGGCUGAGAAAAGAGAUGCUUUAAUCACAGCUUUGUUAAACAAACUUAGAAGAGAUGAUCAUAUUUAGGUUAUGGAAACGAAUCGUUACGGGUGGAUUAGCAAUUAUUAGGUAUGUGGAUUCAUAACUUUAUUUAAUUUGUGAAGUGUGUUGACUUGAAACCUAGUUUGUUAGGUUUUGAUGGUAUCUAAGGGGCUUUAGGAGAUGAUUUUCUUAGGAUUUUGGACCACUCACAUAGUAUACUUGAGUAGUUCAUGAGUUAUAUGUUUUUUUUUUUCUAGAAUAAAUUAACUUGUACUUCAAAAGAAUUUGUUUACUAAGUUUUUUUUUUUUUUUAUUAUAUUGUUUGUCUAAUUUUUAGAGCAAAUGAAGCUUGUUUCUUGGUUUGAACAUUAUAUGCUAGUAAGAGGCAUGCAAUAAUAGGGAACUUUUUACCAUUAAUACCACUUGAUUCAAGUUUAAAAAACAUUUAAACAGUCUUGUUUAAAGGUAAACUUGAUUUUUGAUAAUUCAUCAAGCAAAAGUAUGAUAUUGAGAUGUGGGAGAAUAAUUAGGUCAUUAUUGUAGUUUAGUUGCUCAUUUUAAUUUUAGUAUUUAAUUCAAUAGUUUGGGAUCUAAUUUGCCUUUAUAACCACCUGUGAUAAUUGUAAGAAUUCUUUAGAAUCAUUUUAUCAUACUUGGAGACCGUUUGGAUUGGCUUAAAAAGAAAAUAUUUUUCAAAAUAUUCAUUUUUAUUUAAACACUUUGACAAAAAUUAUUGAUAGAGUUCAAAAGAUAUUUUGAGUGGUGUCAAAUAUUUUAUUUUCUUAAAAAAUAAUUUAUUUUUAAAAUUAAACACUUGAAAAUGCAUUUCAAACCCACUCUUAAUUUUUUGGAUGAAUUUUUCGAUUUAGCCCA